UCAGCUGACUGCAAUGCAACUAUCACAUGAUAAGCUCCAAGGACGUGGUGUUUCUUGACAUUGCAGUCCUAUUGUUUUGCAGGGUAUAAAGUUCUUUCAAGCCCAAAAUGCGGGUGUUAGUUUCCCUCUUCCUUUCUGUGUGGCUCGUCUAUGGAGAGCGCCUAGAGAAUGAUCAAACUACAUCCGUGCCAGAAGACUGGCUCCACGUUGGGCAGGCCGGGCCUCUGGAAGAACUGGAGCUCACAUUUGCCCUCAAGCAGCAGAAUGUGGGCAGGGUUAAGGACCUGCUCGAGCUAGUAUCAGACCCUGAUUCACAACAUUAUGGGAAGUACCUAACCUUGGAGGAAGUAACAUCUCUCGUCAAGCCAUCUCAGCUGACCGAGAAAGUGGUGCUUACUUGGCUGCAGAGUCAUGGGGUUAAAAUCUGUCACACUGUCCACACUCAGGACUUUCUGCAGUGUUCUAUGACUGUACAGGUGGCAGAGACAUUACUCCCUGGUACUGAAUUCCAUCGCUACAACAGAGAUGGUCAGACCGUGGUGAGGUCCUCGUCUCCGUACUCGGUCCAUGAUGAUGUGUCACAGCAUCUAGAUUUUGUGGGUGGUGUUCUCCGAUUUCCACCAAAAGGAAGAGAGGUCAGUAGGGGCUGGGCAGGAACUGGAAGAUCUGGAAGUGGUUUUCACUUGGGUGUGACCCCUGCAACCAUUAGGACCCGCUACAACCUAACUGCAGCCGAUGUUGGUACAGCUGCUAACAACAGCCAGGCAGUGGCUCAGUUUUUGGAGCAGUUCUACCACCCAGCAGACUUGGCUGAGUUCAUGAUCUUGUUUGCGAGGGGGUUCAAGCAUCAUACUGAAGUGGAGCGAGUGGUAGGCACGCAGGGUGGUGGGAAAGCAGGCAUGGAGGCCAGUCUGGAUGUGGAGUACAUCAUGAGCACUGGAGCCAACAUCUCCACCUGGGUUUUCACCAACCCAGGCCGUCACGAGUCACAGGAGCCAUUCCUCCAGUGGAUGCUGCUACUCAGUAACAUGUCUGCAGUGCCCUGGGUGCACACAAUCAGCUAUGGCGAUGACGAGGACAGCCUGUCCACUGCCUACAUGAACCGCAUCAAUGUGGAGUUCAUGAAAGCAGGCCUGCGAGGGAUCUCUAUGCUCUUUGCAUCUGGAGACAGUGGGGCUGGCUGCAGGUACCUGAAAAAAGAAAAUAAUGUGUUCAGGCCAAGCUUUCCUGCUUCCAGUCCAUAUGUGACGACAGUGGGUGGGACCUCCUUCAAAAACCCAUUCAAAAUCAGCUAUGAGGUUACAGAUUACAUCAGUGGGGGUGGCUUCAGUAAUGCGUUUGCAAUGCCAGACUAUCAGGUUAAAGCAGUCAAUGCGUAUUUGAAAGACGAGCAAGCGCUUCCUCCAAAGUCCUACUUCAACAGCAGUGGAAGAGCCUACCCCGACAUGGCAGCGCUGUCAGACAAUUACUGGAUUGUCAGCAACCUCAUUCCCAUACCAUGGAUAUCUGGAACCUCGGCUUCAACCCCUGUGGUGGGGGGAAUCCUCUCACUGAUUAAUGACCAGCGAUUCCUGAAGGGCCUUCCCUCCCUGGGCUUCCUCAACCCUCAGCUGUAUAAGCUCCAAGGCACUGGGCUUUUUGAUGUAACAGAAGGAUGCCACCUCGGUUGUCUGGAUGAAAAGGUUGAAGGGAAAGGGUUCUGUGCGGCUUCGUCGUGGGAUCCCGUGACUGGCUGGGGAACACCUAACUAUCCCAUCCUGCUUUCAGCUCUGCUACACAGCUAAGCCAUGGACAGCUUGGUCAAAACACCAGCGCUAUAAAAAAAAAUUGUUUUUUUUUCCAUUUCAAGGCCUCUCCUUGUGAGUUCAGAAUUCUUUUUCAAUAUACAGAUAUAUUGCAUCUGUGGUCUAUGAGGCAAAAGGUUUUGCAGCAUUUUAUUGACUAGAUCUAUAUUUUACGGACAUUUUUUGGAAAAUUGCAAAGCAAGGUAAAAUUUUGAUACUGAUGGAAUAAAUGAACACGUUUUGAUCCAUUUUGUGGAUGUUUAAGGUACUGUGAGAAGACUAGUCACAAUUUUGCUUUAGCCAGCAUAACAUGACUAGGUGUUUUGUUAUGCAUGACACCGUUUUGCAUGUCAAAAUCAGCAUUUCCUACUGCUUUAUGUAAAUGUAAUGCACUGGAGGUAAGUGUGUACAGCAACAUUCUUAAAUCUUCUCAGGAUGUUUAAUGUAGUGAAAUAAAGUUACCAGGAAUAUUGCACUAAACUAAUCAUGCACUGUAACAAUCUGGUACAUUUUUAUUCCUGGGUGCAGUAUUUAGAUCAUGUAAGUUCUCUGUAGAGAUAGGGGAACUGAGAUGUUUUUAAACAAAUCUGUUAUGACCGGUUUUGUUUCUACCUUCUGAAAAAUAUAGAAACCACAAAGUUGCAUGUCUUGUUUUAUGUACUACAUAAAGAGGCUUAACAUUUUGCUUGUUGGUCAAUUUGGAACUGCCUCAUCAUUUGACAUUUUGCAAAUGUAAUUCUUCAGUUUAUGUCCAUGAACACACAAGGUCAUGUCCUCCAUGUGCAGUAUAUUGUUUCCAUUGCUCAGCCUCACCUGAGUCAAUGCAUGUUUUCAUUAGCUGACACAUUGAAUCUGACACUUUUUUUACAGGGAAAAGCUUAAACUUCCUUUAUGUGCGCUUAAUGAGCUGGUAACAGGUGCAGGGGAAGUGGAAUUGGAGAGCUAUGGUAUGAAACAAAGACAUGACAUUGUAUGAGCAAUGUAAGAUAAUUGAUGCAUUUGAAUAAAAGUUUUAUUUUGAAA